CCUCCCGGACUAAGGGUCCAUUUCACUGACUGUGAGAAGCUGGAAAUGUCCCAGUGAUCCUGUAACUGCUGGGAAGUUUCUCCUGGGCUCAUGAGUUACAAUGAAGAUGAGGAUUUCCUUCCACUCGCAUUGUGCCAUGGGCAACCCCUCUCUGUCCAGUUACCUCCUUUUCUUUUUUACGGUCCAUGUUUCUACAUUGGAAUCAGUGAAUUUCAAGGUGAUUGGACCUGAUCAUCCCAUCAUGGCCUCUGCAGGUGAAGAUGCCCUGUUACCCUGUCACCUCUUCCGUAACACAAGUGCUCAGAAGUUGGAGGUGCGCUGGUACCGAUCCAAGUUCUCUGAACCUGUCCAUCUGUAUCAGAAUGAAAAAGAUCAGGCUGAGCAGCAAAUACCAAAUGAUCAGGGCAGAACAGAGCUGCUGAAGGAUGGUAUUGUGGAUGGAAGCGUUGUCCUGCGUAUACACAACAUCACCCCCUCUGACCAUGGGCAGUUUAUCUGUUUCUUCCGAUCAAGCAGAUUUUAUGCGGAAGCCACUCUGGAACUGAAGGUGACAGGGCUACACGCCAUGCCACAACACAAAAGUCACCUGCUGAAUUAUUGCACGGUAGAGAGAUGCAUACUAAAUUAAACAUUGCUGGAUUACAUGGGCCUAUAUCUGAUAUAUCAUUGCUGCCGGAUAUCAGACAAACAGUUCAAUGAAAACCACAAAAAUAUAAGAUGCAGAUAAAUGCUGUGGGGUCAGGGAACUGAAAUUCAAAUGUGGCUUGUUUAUAGAAGUAUGAAAACCUGGAAUGUUAGGAAAAGGAGAACCCAGGUUCACUUCCCCACUGAAAAUUGUUUCUAAAAAGGACUAUGACACUCCGUACCUCAGAGUAGCACUCUGGAACUCCCAUAUUCAUCACUGUCAUAGAAUUAUGAUAUGUUUUGUACGAAGUUUGCCUUGAGAAGUAUCAUGUUAAAAGUCUUGAUCUGUUGAACAUUAAUAUCCUGUUGGAUUGUAUGUGCUAUCAUGGUAUAGGAAGUUAUGAAGUUUUGCUAUGUAUGUGUUACUGAAAUAUGUUGUGAGGUUGGGAACACCCACAACCAACCUUUCAGGUGCAACAAUGGAGGAGGCAGACAGGGGUUAAUGGCUCAUCAACACCCAUCAAGGAAAGGAUCUCAGAAACUGUAUACAAUGGAAACUUCUCAGAGAGAACACGUAGACAAUGGAGACUGCUUGACCAAUGGAGACUACCUGAUCCCCACACCACAGCAAAGGAUUUUUCCAACAAGCUGGAAGAAACUAUAAAAGAGAGGAAGUGACAUCAUCA